AUGCACAAAGAGAACCAAACUCAUGUGACUAUAUUUAUUCUCCUGGGAUUCAAAAAUUUGGAACAUCUGUGGAUUCUUCCAUUUCUGGCAUUCCUCUUUACAUAUAUUUUCACAAUGACAGGGAAUCUUCUCAUUUUUGUUCUUGUUGUAAUUGACCAACAUCUUCAUACACCCAUGUACUUCUUCCUUUGUAACUUGGCAUGCCUAGAGAUCUGCUACAGCUCAACUCUCAGUCCCAUACUGUUGACUACACUUUUGAUGAAUGGAAAGGCAAUUUCAUUCAGCAACUGCUUUCUGCAAUUAUUUUUUUUCGGCUACUGUUUGGGGACAGAAUGUUAUUUGCUAUCUGUGAUGUCUUAUGACAGGUACUUAGCCAUAUGUAAACCACUGCAUUAUGCAAUAGUUAUGAAUACCAGGAAAUGUGUCCAGUUAGCAGCAGUAUCUUGGACAAAUGGCUUCAUAGGCAUUUCUGUAAUAAUGACUGCAAUGCUGCAGUUAAAAUACUGUGGUCCUAAUGAAAUUGAUCAUUACUUUUGUGAUUCUGUGCCACUUAAAGAACUUUCUUGCAGUGACACAUAUUUGGUGGAACAUCUAAAUUUAAUCUUGCUAUUUAUUUACACUAUGCCUCCAUUUCUAAUAACCUUGGCAUCCUAUAUAUAUAUUAUAGCAGCCAUCCUAAGAAUUCGAUCCACUAUUGGAAGGAAAAAGGCCUUCUCUACCUGUUCUUCCCACCUCAGUGUUGUUUCCAUUUAUUAUGGCUCUUUAAUAACAGUGUAUCUUUUGCCACCAUCCUCUUCAAUGAACAAAGUUUGUUCUCUUUUGUACACAAUUCUUCCACCAUUGGUUAACCCUCUUAUAUAUAGCCUUAGAAACAAAGAUGUAAAGAAAGCUUUGAGAAGAGUAAAAAAUAAAGUGGCAAUUUUCAAUCUAAUCCAAAAUACAUUGAGAGUCCUGGUUAAUGUUAAAAACAAAUGA